CGUCGAUUUUCGAUUCAUUAAUUUUAAAGUAAUUGAAAGUUUAAAGUGUCACUUUCCCAUCACUCUAAUCUUUGUAAUUCAAGUAAUUGAAAAGUGUGUAAAUUUUUUAGGAUUAAUAAUUUACCAAUAAUUUUAUUCCAAAUAAUGUAAUGUACCUAGCCCUAUUAAAUAUUAAGUUAAUUUAUUGAGUCAUAUGACAUAAGUCUUAAGUCUUAAGUUAUUAAGUAUUAAGACUUCUUAAUAUUAAAAUCAAAAAGUAUAACUUUGAGUUUGAGAAAUCAUAAAGUUUUAAAGUAAAAGUCUAAAAGUAUUAAUUAUAAUUAUUAAUAGUAUCAGUAUUAUAUUUAAAUUAAUGUACUAUUUUAAUUAUUAGUAGGCCUAGUUAAUUAUUUAUAAUUAUAAUAUAAUAAUAAGAAGAAUAUAUAUAUAUAUUAUGAUAGAUUAUUAGUAGUUUAGUAGCUUGUCCAACUUGUUCAUUAAUUAUUAUCUCCCAUUCAACAUUCUCAUUGAAUUGAUUCAUUCAUUAAUGAUUCAUUUCAUUGAUUCAAUCAUCUUAGACUUUAGUCUUAGUGUGAUUUUGACUGUCUGACAAUUCAUUAAAUGGCAUUUAAAUCAUUGAAUAUAAUAUAAUUUAUAAUAUAAUACUGAAAUAGAGUAGGCCUAUGGCCUAUAGGCAUAGGGCCCAAAUAUGUUGUAAAUCUUUAGUUCAUAACAAAAUUAAUUUAACUGAAAGUUAAAGUAUUCUUCAGUCUUUAGUAGGCCUAAACAUGUCUCAAGAGUCAUAAUAAACAACUUGGCCCCAGGGCCCAGAAUCAGAACAGAUCACAAACUAUUCUAUAUGGUUUUUAAAACUUCUAGUAGGCACCUUAAACUUCUAGGUAUAUUUGUUUCUAUCCUGUUAUUAGUAUUAUUGCCCAUCAGUAUCAGGGUUUUGUAAGGUCAAAUUCUGCACUUAUAUUUAUCAAUUAAUGGUAUCUUGUUAAUAAUUCAUGCUCGUCUAGUGGGUUUUUACCCGCCAAUUUUCAAAUACAUUCGACAAGUUGCAUGAGGCUUAGAGCUAGGCUAUCAUUAACAUGCGGCAGCAAAAUAAGUUUGCAAGAAGGCCUCCGAUCCGGGUCUCAUGCUACCAGUUACAAAGUUGGAAUCAGACCCAUGGCCCAUGGGGCACAAUUCUUUGUGAGUUGCCAUUCAAGAGCUACUCAUUCAGUAAUGAUUCAUGCAAUUCUAAGCUUGGUUUGGCUAUUUUGAUGAAUUGACUGCAUUCCAGAUAUCAGUUAUAAAAAUAACAUAAUAAAAUAUCCUAAUAGUUUAAAUUGCAUCUUACUCUUAGUUGUGAUAUUAUGUCAUAGCCUAAUCUCUAAUUGAUUGGUAAGUACAUUUAAAGUAUUGUAUUCCUUUUAUUCAAAUCUAGUAUCACAGCCAUAGAGGAUUGAAUUAGAAAUUGUUCACUUAAGUCUAGACCUUACCAUUCCAAAAUGGCAAAUGUUUCAGGUAAAACCAAUACAAAUUAUUUUAAAGAUUUAUUUUACACAUUUUAAUUAAAACUCUGCCAGUAUGUCAGCAUUGUCAUCUCAACUUUGAAAAAUAUACUCUGCGCAUGGCACACAGUUACAACAGCAGUGUAUAGGUACAACCAGGCCCGGUUUAACCACUAGGCGAACUAGGUGGCCGCCUAGGGCGGCAAAUUUUUAGGGGGCGGCACUAUUAAUUAAAUAAUUAGUUGCCGUGGGCAUGAGGGGCGCAGUGCGACAGGUUCACCUAGGGUGCCAAAUACUCUGGCGCCGGCCCUGGUUACAACCACACAAAAUUGAAAACAGUCAAGGAAGAUCUUGGACAUUUGAAGACUUGUUAGUAGGCGUUAUGAUAGGGCCUGGAUAAGUUGGAUAAUAUUAUUAGAUUGGGCGAAACCAAAAUGAAACAACCCAGAAAAGUGGAGAUCAUUAGAUUUCCAAUGCGUUCCUCUAUUGCUAGACAGUGUGGGGUGAACUAAGACAAAUCACAGUUUCAAACACAGGUCACAAUCAUGCCCUUAUGGGGGAUAAGGGUUAAAAUAAGACAUAUUAGAAGUUAUGGAACCAGCUAAAAAUGUCAAAGAUUCAUUUAAAUGACAAAAUGUUAGAGCACUCACAAUUGGUUAGAAUAAAAAUGUCUUAUUGUCAAAGUGGUUUACAACACAGUUAAAAAUCAAAAUUUAGAAACUUUUAAAAAUACACCUGAAAUUUAACAUUUUUCCAAUGAUAAACCUGUACAUCUUCAAAUAUGCAAUACAUUAAAAUAAGAAUGCUACCACGCAUCAUUGAUUACUUAUUUUCUUUUCUUAUAGGUCAACUACAUGGUCACUUCUGGUGUAAAUAUAAAUUCAUUAAUUAGUCUUAUGUGUAAAGAAAUAGGUAUAAGUAGUUUAUGUAUUAUAUUUAUAUAAGUAAUCUAUAUCCUCAGCAUCUCUAGCUCCUGAAAUUCCACAAAAUUGGACUAAAGGGGAUGUUAUAGGUAGAGGAUCAUAUGGUACAGUUUACCAUGUCAUAGAUCCAAACAGACCUGAUGACAAGAGGUUUAUUGUUAAAGAAAUCCAAGUAACAAGUGCAAAGAAAGAUAAACAGUCGGUAGGAUCUGAAAUUAUAUAAGAUAACAAAAAAAAUUAAUUUGAAAUAAUGGUGCGAUAGUUGUGAUACUGGUAUAUUAAUCAUAAUUAAUGAUGGUUUAUUAAAUGAAUAACAGUUAAGAAAAUUGAAUGGAGCAGCCAUUGUGCCAUUUUGUAAUGAAGUCCUUUAAAAUUUGAUCGUUUCAGAAUAUCACAGAAUUAGAAAUUCUCAAACGGCUCAACAAUAAAAGGAUAGUACCCUUCUACGGAUCUUGUGAAAUGCAGGAUUCACUUUUGAUAUUUAUGGGAUACAUGAAAAUGGUAAGUUUUAAUGGAAGUUUAUUCAAGUUUGAAUUGUCAUCUCUAUCCUGUUUCUAAAUCCUCCCUACCAUUUGCCUCCCCGAUCUGAAUUGGCCCUCUUAUGAAUCUCACCUUCAAGGUUUCGCUAAACAACAUCAUGCAAUAGGAAUUAACUUUUUUUCCUGCAUUUAAAGAGUAUUUUGAAGUAUCAGAAGUGGUGGUAUCAUAAAAUAAAUAUUACAGAGAAGUUUUAUAAGCUGCAUCAAGUUAACAUAACAAAUACAGCUACCUAUAGUAAAUAUUUCACAAUACUACCAGCUUAUUCGAACAUUUAUUUUCUCUCUUAAUUAUUUUAUUUAGCAGAAUUUUGAUAACAAUUAUUAAUUAUUAGAAAUAACCCACUAAACCAUGGCGGUGGCAAUUCAUGAACUUCCUAUCUACUAAAAUUACUUGACAAAACAUGCAUUCAAGUUGAUAUUUCAAGUAACUCAUUUUAUAAGAAUCCCAAUUAAUGCUAAGUUCUCUGAAUUUUAUUUUGCGGGUCUAUUGAACACAGCUUUACACCAAUACUUACCUAGUGAAUCAUUAUUUGUGGUAUAUAAAUAGAUAAACAAGAUAUGUUAAAAGUGAGCAGCUGGUAAAACAAGAAGGGACAGGAUUAGAAACUAGGAAAUUAAACAAAUGGCUUGUGUCAUCUCAACUGAUAGAUGGCCCAACAGCAAUUAUCUGGCAGUGGAUGGACUAUGUUAAGUUCACCCUCAAAGUCCACAACAUGGACCAAACCUUGAGCAGGCCUCAUACCUUGCAGCAGAGUACCAACUUUACCUUCCCAUGACAAUUCCUUGGUAGAGAUGGACAGAAACAGGAAAAUUUUACAUCAAUAGAUCAAUGUUGUUAACAUAUUUAUUAUUAUUAAUCAACUCUAGGUUAAUUUUUUAAAAUCGUAGUUUGUAUUUUUCAGGGAUCUUUAUUUGACUAUAUCCAAAAGAAAAAUGUACUCACAGAGGACAAGAUCAGAAUAUUUACAAGGCAGAUCCUAGAAGGCGCCGCCUAUUUGCAUAGCAGACAAACGCCAAUUAUACACAGGGAUAUCAAAGGUUUUUAUCAGUUUGUUGGUUUCUCUUUUAGAUGUCUACAAAUAUUUUUGUAAUACUCUUUUAGAAUCGACUUGCAAAAAAACAUAAUUUUUGUAAAAUAAAUUCAUUCUUAACAUAAUUUUUUUUUUAAAUGGAUAUGUUUUUAUCAUUUAGAUUGUAUUUAGUUAAUUUCAAGUGAACUCAAAAUACUAAUAACUUAUUCAUUUCUUUCUCUCUUAAUUCAUUUGCCAGAACUUUGAUCAAUUUAGUUUUUUAUAUUUAAAUAUACAAAUUUACACUACAAAAUGUAAUCAAUUUUUUUUUAAUGUAUCUACACGUAUUAUGAUUAAGGUGUAAUUUUAAACACAUGCCAAAACCAAACAAAAAAAUUUGCAUUGUUUUUCUCUAGGUCAAAAUGUUCUGCUAGAAGAUGAGUCCAACAUAAAACUCACAGACUUUGGUCUAUCAAAAAUACUUCAUGAACAGACAAAUGCCCGCUCGUCACUGGGAACUUACAAAUGGAUGGCACCCGAAGUAAUCAGUGUAACAGAAGGCCAGACCUAUGACACAAAAGCUGAUAUUUGGUCAAUAUUUUUAGCAUUAUUUAAUUUUAUGUUAUUUUAUAAGACCUUUGCAGAAAGAAAUGUAAUUUCAGUUGUCCUUUUAUCUAUGGUAAUCGGUCAGUCAUGAUAAUUUGUCAGAUAAAUUCAUGUUACAGAUUGUUCAAUGACAGACUACAGAAUAUAUAUGGCUAUUAAUAGUUGAGUAAAUUCCAUAGUUAUAACUUACAGUUAACUGAUCAACAUUUGGUGAUUGGAUGUAAUAAGUCUGAUAUUUAACUGACAGGAGCAUUGGAUGUACGGUGGUGGAGAUGGCCACUGGACAGCCUCCUUUCCCAAAUCUGACUCCAUUUCAAGUUCUCUUAAAAGUUGGUAAUGGAGGUCUUCCAGAAUACAACCUACCAGAAAAAUCUUCAGAAGCCUUAAAGUUAUUUUUAAAAAAAACAUUUCAAAAAGAUGCCACAUCAAGACCUACAGCCCAUGAACUUCUUAAGGUUGAUUUUGUCACAGGUAAAAGCCAAUAAGCUUCUAAAAAAAAAUUAUUGCAUCUAGUACAAUUGAAUUUCAUCUGAAUAUUUAUGUGCAUUCAUUCUAUGGUUAUUGGUAUUAGUCAUGAAUACAUUAAAUUUUAUUUUCAUUUAAUUCUUUAAUUACAUUUUAGAGUCAUGUCUGUCACCUGAAGUUCCGCUCAACCGUGAAAAGGCUAAAAAAAUAGGAGUAGGUUCAUUUGGACUCGUCUUCUUGGUUCUAAAUUUAGACAAACCUCAAGACAAGCUGUUUGCUGUCAAAGAGAUUUCAAUUGAAUCUAAGAAAAGAGAACAGAUCAUGGUAAACUUUUGCAUGGCGUUGUUUAUAGCUCAAGAUAAGUUGUUCUGAGAAUGUAAUCACAAAAUGAUUUGAUAGGUGAUUGUUGUUUAUAGACAAUGAUUCUCAAUUUAAAAAAUUAUUCCCAAUCAAGUUAUGAAAAUUUGUUCCAACUUGCAAAAAUUUAGAGAAAUUCUUCAAAUUUACUCGUCAAUAAAAUUGUUUUAUGAAAAACAAAAUAUAUUUUAAUAUUUAAUUUAGGAAGGAUUUAUGCAGCCAAAAUAGAUAUUUUCAAAUCUCAGUUUUAUUUGAUAAAUAUUUCUUUACUUUCCAGUCUUUGUUUCGAGAAGAGGCCAAUAUCUUGAGGCACAUUCAUCAUGACAGGAUUGUCCCAUUUUAUGGGUACAGUGAGUCAGAAAAUGUAUUAUCCUUGUACAUGGCCUACAUGAAACUGGUAAGGAAAUUCAUUUGUACCGGUAUCUAAGUUUAUAAUGAAUUUGCAUUACAUGAAUGCCAUCUUACCGAUAGUUACAUUUGUUAGAGGAGAGAAAACAAUGGCAUGCUUUGAUUUAACCUUAUUUAUAUUUUAUCUUUUAAAGAUAAGAUCCCUUCCAUCAACUUUUUUUAAUGUUUCUUUUUAUCAAAUCUUUAAAUAUUGCAGGGAUCACUUGAAGACUAUAUCAGUUCUAAGGGAAGGCUGUUAGAGGAGAAAGCAAAACUUUUUGCGGUACAAAUCCUUGGAGGAGUCCAGCAUUUACAUGACAAUGGCAUCAUCCAUAGUGACAUCACAGGUUAGUCCAAAUUUACAUGACAUCCGCAUAGACAUUACAGGUUAGCCCAAUUUACAUGGCAUCAUCCAUAGAAAUAUCACAGGUCAAUCAACAUUUCAUGACAUCAUACAUAUUGACACCACAGGUUAGUUCAAAUCUACAUGAAAUCAUCCUUAGAGACAUCACAGGUUAGUCCACAUAACAGAAAAACAAAGUGCAGAUAUGUAUCCAAGGUUGUGUUAAGACAAUGAUUUUAGAACAUCCCAUUUAACUUAGUUAAAUCUCUGACAAUGCGCUUCAAAAUGUCACCAACUCUUUGCCGUGGUAAAGUGGAAUUUGUACUAAAACAACUGAAUAAGCAAAAUUUUACUCAAAAUAAAGGAACAUUUCCUGCAUGAUGAUUAUGAGUGCUAAACUUGAGAGAAUCAAAUAUAUCAUAUAUACUGGUCUAUUAGCUGGCUUUAUUUUAAAUAUUUGGGAAUAAGUGGGGUGGUCUGCUUAUGAAUGGGUUGUAAGAGAUUUUUCUAAUUUUGUCCAUGUAUAUAGAUUCUGUUAUAGAAGUCACACACUUUUCAGGCUUUUCUCUGCCCAAACUGAAAGUGUUGACUUAUGAACGAAUGGGCUAAUGAACAAGUAUAAUAUAUGGUACACAUACAUUUUAAGAUAGAAGUUUCAUAACAAUUAAAAAGGGUUUUGUCAUAUGAAAAUAUGGUAACUCUGCUUUCUUUCUUUCUUUAAUAUCUAAUUUAAAUCUAUUCCUCAAAUCUAGGGAAACAUGUCCUACUGGACAAUGAAAACAGCGCCCAACUGGGGGGCAUCAGUGUUUCUAAGACAUUCCGCAAGCAGCCCCAGACCAAGGCCAUCCUCACACAGGAUAGUGAGACAGGAUGUGUCGGGUCAGUGAACUGGAUGGCACCUGAAAUGAUCAAAGGGAUUAUGGAGGAUGGCAAGUUUGAUAAUAAAGUUGAUAUUUGGUAAGAGAUCUCAUAUAGUUAUAUGUUUUAUUUGAAGUGUAUUAAAAAAAAAUCAUGUUCAUUCAGUAACAAAUAAAACUCUGGAGUUUGACUUCCUUCAUAAAAAAUGUCCCUAGCGUAAAAUAUUAUAUUAAUUUUAUUAUAUAAUGUUAAAUUACAGUAUGUUAUAUAUAUAAUAAAUUAUAUUAUGACAAAUUAAAUUGAGGCUGUCUCACUGGCUACCAGCAGCCUGCAUGCCGCAUGAUAGCAUCAGCAUAGUUUUUUUUUCCUUGUGAUAAUCAGACUUUAAUUAUGUAAAGUAUAUCAUAUGAAUUAUUUGCUGCACUGUACUUACUAUAAUACUUUUAAUGCACUGGUAUUAUAUUUGUUGUUCGUGUUUAUAAGGUUUCAAGUAAAUUUUCUCAAUUUAAUUUCUCUGAAAUUGAAAGUGUACACUUGAGAAAAAUAUAAAAAUGUAUAAAAAGCAACAGACUUUUUAUUUUAAUAGAGUGUAAACUAAAUGCAAAAUACUUUUGACAAUAUGACAGUGUCAACCUAAUUUCUAAUGAUACCCUUAGUCAAUUUAAGAUCACUCCUUUAUAUUAGAUAUAUCUAUAUAUAUAAUUCGCCAGCAAAGGUCAAACACCACCACCACGUAGGCUAUAUAUAGAUAGCCAGAGUGAGGUUUUAAAUAAUGAGUUCACUAGCGCGCAAAAUAUAAUUCCCGAUAAGUACGCUAAAUGAUAUAUAUGUAUUUUUUUAAUAAUGCAAUUGCUCUUGGUGCGCAACAUUUUCUUUUCGGAAAAUGAAAUCGUCUCAAUUUAAGUAUGAUUUAAAAAAUAUUCGGGUUAAAAGUGGUUGGGACAUCCGAAUUUUUAAUAAAGUUGAUGGGCGUGAAAUACAAUGUGUGCAGUGACAUAUCAUGGAGGGAAAGGGUGUAGCGAAAAUUGGUAUUCUUAAAUGUGCAUUACCUGAGUUCAUGUAUUGUGAAGUAACUUUAGUAGGUGGAAAGUUCACGCAUUGCUGUCACCAAUGUUUGGCGGGCUAUAUCUAUUUUUAUUAUAUUAUCUAAAUGUAUUAUAAUUUUAAUUAUGUGUUAUGAUAUAUUAGAUCAUUUUGUUUACACUUUAAUAUACUCCAUUAUAUUUUCUUACUUAUUAAAAUGUAUUAUUUAUUAUUAUUGAAUUUAAGAUUCUUUAUUUCAAAAUCAAUUUAUUCUCUUUUGUAAAGUUACAAGUAUUAUCCUAAAAACAUAAGAUAAUGUUUUUUCUAAGUUGUUGUAACUAAGCCUAGAUGUACAUCUCUCACAGGAGUGUUGGAUGUACAGUAGUCCAGAUGGUCACAGGGUCACCUCCAUUCUCUGACCUCGAGCACCAACAAGUCAUAUUUCAGUUAAUCACAUCAGAGAAACCUCCAGCCUACAAGCUUCCAGAAUCUUCCUCACAUGCCAUUAAAGACUUCCUAAAGAAAACAUUUGAACGAGCUCCAGAACAACGCCCCAGUGCAGCUGAGUUAUUGAGCCAAGAUCCUUUUCUGUCAGGUAUGAGAAAUAUUGGAGCUCUUUCAACUUAUCUGUCGACCUAA